UUGCGUAUUCAAUCCAGAGGGUUCGCUAGCUGGCUAACAGUUUCACAUAUAGUCAUAAUCGUACUUCGAGUAUUACUUCUUAAAAUAAUUUAUUGUAGUUUAUACAUAUUUUAUGUUGUAAAAUUGUACAGGCCACGAUCCGUUCGUGUCGCCGCGGUAAUUUAUUCAAAGUCAGGCUUCAUGUUGACAAAAUAGCAAUAAAGGGGAAGCUAGCUUAUUGCUAGCUAGGUAGCUGGUAGAGCUAGUUAAAUUGUUUGGGUCAUAACACUCACUUUCACCAUGAGACCGCUUCAGACUGUAUUUGUGGUCCUCGGUUUAAUUUAUUUUGUAGACGCUGGUAGGAAACCUGUUGAAGAAUUGGAAGGACUGGAAAAUGACCAUGAGUAUGACACCCUCAGCCCUAUGUUGUCAGAUUUUGAGGUGCUGUCCAUGUCCAACGUUCGCCAGCACUCGGUCAGGAAGAGGGAGGUCCAGGCAGAGUCACAUGUUGAGCGUCUGCUCAGCUUCUCCGCCCUCCGGAGGCAUUUCCAGCUCUACCUGACGACCAACACCGAGCUGUUCACCCAGGAUUUCAGCGCUGUAUUUGUUGAUGGGGAUGGCAAUGAGGACAACUAUGAGGUCCAGAGGCAGAACUACUUCACAGGCCAUGUCGUGGGGGAAGAGCACUCGAGAGUGAAGGCACACAUUGACGACAACGACUUCACCGCCCACAUUCUGACCGACGAAGCAGAGUACAACAUCGAGCCCCUAUGGAGGUUCACAGAGUCUCCUCCCGAUGGCCGCCUGCUGGCCUACCGCUCGGAGGACAUCAGGAACAUCAGUCGGCUGGCCUCGUCGAAGGUGUGCGGCUACGUUGACGCGGAGGCCGAGGGGCUGUUCCCUGAGGGGGUGUGGGAGGCAGGAGCAGAGGGGGAGCAGGAGAGCCUGCGCAGAGAGAGACGGCAAGUCCACGACCCCAAGAAGAACACCUGCCCCCUGCUGCUGGUGGCUGACUACCGCUUCUUCCAGCACAUGGGCCGCGGAGAGGAGAGCAUCACCCUCAACUACCUGAUUGAGCUGAUCGAUCGAGUGGAUGACAUCUACAGGAACACCUCCUGGGAUGAUCAGUUUCAGGGAUAUGGUGUACAGAUCCAGCAGAUCAUCAUCAAAAAGGGCCCCACCCACGUCGAACCCGACGGCAUCCACUUCAACAUGAAGGGCAGUCCUCAAAAGAAGAAAGACGUGUGGGACGUGAAGAAGCUGUUGGAGCAAUUCAGCUCCGACAUGGCGGGGAACGCGUCCAAGGUGUGCCUGGCCCACCUCUUCACGUACCAGGACUUUGACGAGGGGACACUGGGCCUGGCGUACGUGGCCCCGUCCAGGGAGGGAGCCCUCGGCGGUCUCUGUGCAAAACCAUACUAUCCUUCGCACUCCUCAAAGAAAGCCACUUUCCUGAACACUGGCUUAACCAGCACUAAGAAUUAUGGGAAGACCAUUUUAACCAAGGAGGCGGACCUGGUGACCACUCACGAGCUGGGCCACAACUUCGGGGCAGAGCACGACCCCGACAACAUUGCCUACUGCGCCCCCAGUGACGACCAAGGCGGGAAGUUUGUCAUGUACCCCAUUGCAGUGAGCGGAGACCACUACAACAACAAGCAUUUCUCAAAGUGCAGUAAGGCCUCUGUUGCGAAGACCCUGAGGAGCAAGGCUCCCAUGUGCUUCAAAGAGAGGAACAGCAAGGUGUGCGGGAACUCCCGGGUGGAGGAGGGCGAGGACUGCGACCCCGGCCUGCUGCACAUCAACAACGACCCCUGCUGCUCCUCCACCUGCAAGUUCAAACCCCGCUCGCAGUGCAGUGAUAGGAACAGUGCCUGCUGCAGGGAGUGCCGGUUUGAGGCGCAGGGCAAGAUGUGUCAGGAGUCCAUCAAUGCCACCUGUAAGGGAAGGUCUUACUGCACAGGUAACAGCAGCGACUGCCCGCUGCCGGGCAACGCCUCCAACACGACAGUCUGCGUGGACCUGGGCCGGUGUCAGAGCGGAGAGUGCAUCCCCUUCUGCGAGACGGAGAAAGGUCUCAAGUCCUGCGCCUGCAAUGAGACGGACAACUCGUGUAAAGUGUGCUGUCGGAACGAGGACGGAACCUGCACCCCGUACAAGGACGCCGAUGGGGACUUCCUGUACCUGCGCAAGGGCAAGCCCUGCACUGUGGGCUUUUGUGACGAGGGAGGGAAAUGCAUGAAACAGGUGCAGGAUGUCGUGGAGAGGCUGUGGGAUUUCAUUGACAAGCUGGAUAUCAACACCUUCGGUAAGUUCCUGGCAGACAACAUCGUGGGCUCUGUUGUGGUCUUCUCUCUGCUGUUCUGGAUCCCCCUCAGCAUCCUGGUCCACUGUGUGGACAAAAGGCUGGACCAGCAGUAUGAAGAGAGCACCAAACUGUUUUUCCCCAGCAACGUGGAGAUGCUGAGCAGCCAGGAGUCCGGGUCCAUGCGCAUCUUCAAGGCCCUGCCGCACAUGAUGCCCCCCCGCCCGCAGCCCCUGCCGCCCCAGCCCGGUGGGAGCGCUCCGGCCCUGGAGCCCACGGCGGCCCCCUCCUCUGCCUCCGGCGGGCCCAAGGCUGAGCCUCUGGCCACCAUCCAGGAGGACCCCAGCUCCGACCACCUGGACGAGGAGGUGCUGGAGGAGGACUUCUCCCCCGGGGGCCCCGCGGCCAAGUCGUUCGAGGACCUGACGGAGCAGCCCCUGCACCAGAGCCGCAGCGACAAGGCCCUGUCCUUCCGCCUGCAGAGACAGGCGCGCGUCAACAGCAAGGAGACCGAGUGCUGAGAGCACGUACCCGUAUUAUAUGCUUGUAUAUACGCACUCAUACAUGCAUACAUACACACACACACACACACACACACACACACACACACACACACACACACACACACACACACACACACACACACACUACGUCAAACUCGUGGUCUCACACACAUCACACACACACACACACACACACACACACACUACGUCCUUUGAUGUACACUCUCCUACUCAAACUCGUGGUCUCACACACACACACACACACACACACACACACACACACACACUCAUGUACGCUCUAAUACAGGCACUCCGAGAGGACUGGCUGCUAAGCAGUGAAUUCCACAGAAAUAGAAAAGUUGGGACUCCCACAGGCUGCAGGGUUUAAUAUACACUCAGUGAGCACUUUAUUUAUUUGGUAUUUAUUAGACUUAUCUUUUAGACUUAUUGGUCUUCUGCUGCUGUAGCCUAUGCACUUAAAACGUUUAAUGUGCUGUGUGUUCAGAGACGCUCUUCUGCAUACCACUGUUGUAAUGUGUGGUUUGCGUAUUUGAGUUACUGUCACUUUCCUGGCACCAGCAAUCAUUCCACGGUCAAAGUCACUUAGAUCUCAGUUCUUCCCCAUUCUGACAUUUGGUCUGAACAACAGCUGAACCUCUUGACCUGUCUGCUUUUAUGCAUUUAGUUUCUUCCACAUGAUUGGCUGAUUUAAAUAUAUGCAUUAACAAACCGGCGUACAGUCCACCUAAUAAAGUGCUCACUGAGUGUACAUGCAUGUAGAGAGAUAUUAGAAACUCAAGAUAACAGAUGCCAAAUUCAACUAAUUAUGGUGCUUGAUUUGCAAUGUUAUGCCAGCGACUGCAGUUACGAGACGUGUCAUGUUUAGUAGAUUUAAUUUAUCACAUUAGCGGGAGCAUGGCAGCAUUUGGCGUCCUCAUCGUAACACACUCAUGGCAAUAGGCAGUUGCCAAAGUUCCACAGGUUUCCAGGUCUGCUCUAGCUAUAGCAGCUCACCUGGGAAGAUGCUAAGCAAUUGAGUGAUUGGCAAAUAAGGACACAUCCAUAAGCAUCUUCUCUGACAGUGGAGAUGGCGCUUUGCUUUACAUUGCCCAAAACUCUUGUGUCCUUGGUCAAUGUUUUCUCCUGCUCAGGUAGAAUUGUUCAUGGGUCUUUUUUGUUUUUAGUUAUUGUUUAAAUAUGUUAGAAACGCCUGCAAUACUGUCUAUCCCCCUUUUUUUAGCCAAAUUCAUAGUUCUGAUUGUCCGUUAGUUCAUUCAUCUUUUCAAAGGAUCAAAAUGAGGAGCUUUUGUAUCUCUUCUGUCUUGAUAAACUCUGGUAUUAUAUUUCUCCGUGCGCCGCCAUUUUAUCGAGAAGAGCCUUCAAAAGAUUCAGCAGUAACGCUACUGAUUUACAGCCCCCAUUUUAAAGUCCUCACCAGCAGAGGGGCACCGUUAACAGGUCUUUAUCUCCUGCAUUUAAAAAAAAAUUUUUUUUUUACCUUAUCUCCUGAUUUGGAAUGCCUGGUUGUAUUUUGUAAGCCCCAUUUGUUCAGAAUCUUCCUGAGGGAAUUUAGAGACUGCACGCAUGUUCGCACUCAGUGCCCAAGUAGCCAAACAUCACUCCUGUAGCGUGAGGCUGGGAUUGCCAUUUUUGCUGAAACCCCUUUCUGGGCAACACUAAGGACAACCGGAUACCUGUUUGUGGGACAGAAUUCAAUUCCUGACGACGGAGUGAUUCUCAGUUAGACCCCAGUCAAAGACUGGUGAUUUACCUGGACAAGCUACCUGGGAGACUGCACAUGUUCUUUACAGCAUUUCCCUGCAUGCUCCUCUAAGCAGUCUCCCCAUCUCUUGUGCCUUCAGGCACACACAACUUUAUAAAGUGCUGUUACUAUUUCUAUGUGUUUAUAUCCUAUAGGUAUAUCCUUCAGACAUUGAACUGACCGAUGUUGUAACUAUCAGGUUAUUAUCAGUAGGCUAGAGCAGAACUGAAUGAAUAACUCUUCUUUAGACAGUGACCUAAUCAUUAAUUUCCUGGAGUUGGUAAUCUGAGGGGUUCUGUCUGGAAUCUUACUACUAUAGUAGAAAUACAAAAUGCCACAGAGGCGCUCCCUGUACCCUCAGUUAAAAUUCAGGUUUAUUUCAUAGUUUUAUUUUUAAUUGUUUUAGUAUGAUGCAAGGAUGUACAAAGUAGCUUUAAACAUUUAGAUCUUUUAGAUUUAAAGCCAACAAGCCUUCUCUACCCUUUUGUGUUUAAAUGAGCCAUUGAUUUUUUUUUUAACUCUUGAAUUUCUGUUAUGCAUUUUUAUGUCAUGAUUCACAACCGCUAUCAGUCAAACUCAAUAGGGCUGUCUUUAGCCAAGUACGAUAAUGUCAUCAGAAAGUAUCAACAGUGCCUUUUCAGAACGCAUCUCCACGUUGUAUGUUGUAGUGUUACCAUUUUUGUCAGUGUGUACUGUAGUGAAGUAAGCCUUGAUGAAUCCGCAGUAAGAGAUUCCAGAUCUAAGACAUGCUGUAUGCAUGCACAUACAUACUUGCACCCUUCUGCCGGGUGUGUGCUUGCAUGUAUUUUAUUUUUUAUUUUUUAACUCAAGAACUACAUUAGGUGUAAACAGUCUCAGAUCUGCUUGACUAAGCUGUCUUAUAGUUGUUUAGGAUUGAUUGAAAUGUGCCUCCAAGCUCUCUGGGAUUGGAUGAAAUGUGUCUUCCUCUUAAGAAACCCACAGAGCCAGAUGGUGUGGAGUUGUGUAUAUACCUUUUGUGCUGGGCAGCCAUUUCAGUUGCUCUGCUUAUACUGACUGCGCCUGUCGUUGUUAAUGCUCUUCCUUCCAUUCAGGAGUGCUCUUGAUCAUGUGAUCGUUGGGCACUACAAGGCUUCAUUUCCUUGACUAAUACCGUUUGCCAUCACCGUUGACCCUGCAAAAAUGUAUGUCCACUGUAGACGUGUAGAUAUAUGGUUGCGCAAGUGAAUGCCGACAAUAUCCCCAUUUUGUUGAGUUCAAGGGGCACUUUAAGGGAGGUAUAAUAGUUAUUUGACCAUCUGUAAAGAAAAUUUAAUUUUUCAAAAUUUUGUUUCACAUUUCCCCCCAUUUUCACGCAAUUUGGUAGCCUUUUAAAACUCGCAUUGUUCCAAGGCCAAAUCCAGCAUUGGCAGGACCCUCGGUGUGCAACUGCAUCGAACUGAUACCUGCCUGAAGAUCUGAUGCUUUAGCCAUGCACCACCGCACAAUUAACCAACAGGACAUUUGAUAAAAUGUGAAAACAGGUCGCAAUGUUACAAAGGGAUAUUCAUCAGGUUCGUUCAAGUGUGCAUUUAAGGAGUCUGAAGGCAGAUAGGCUUCUGGACAUUGUAUUGAGUGUUUUGUGGCGCCAUAGUGUUGGAUCCUCCUCAGGUCCUGAACAGAGAGCUUUCAGAAGCCUGUUAUCAAACACUGUUAUCAAAACCACUCUCAGAUGACCUGUUACCUCUUAUGUCAUCUAUGUUUAUAAUUGUGUAUGACUUGUAUUAACUCAAUAUGUCUCUGUAUGUCUCUAAAUUUUUUAUAUACCCUCA